AUGGCUUUUCCAGAAACACUCAAGAGCGGCCGGCCGGCGCAACAGAACACCAUCUCGCAACAGCUCUUCUACGCGAACCCUGCCAACGCCGCGGAUAUGGCGCGCCAGCAGCAGCUGGACUGGGAGUACACGCAGCACAUGCGUGAGCUGCACACCCAGAGAGGCGCAGCGGAUCGCCGCUUCUUUCAGCGUGUGACAGACUACCGCGACAUUCGAGAUGGCGACCCGUACGCGUCUGUCUUUGGGGAGUCCGGCGGUACGCUGCGGCUGCGCACCGCCGCGUGGCAGCGGCAGUUCGAAAAGGAGAACGAAGAUGUCGAGCUUCCAUACGAGCGCACGAACGUGCUCGCGCGCCUCGCGCCGAACUGGUUUGUGCGGUACUUCGUGAACUUGCGGGACAAGGGCGGGGCGGACCACCUUUACUUCCUGUGGGCCUGCGCCUUGGCCGCGGUGUCCCUUCUGUGGCUUGUUGGGUACCUCUUCUACACCGCGCCCAGUCAGGCACGGCCAACGAGAGAGAUCCGCUAA